UCAGCAUUGGACAAGUAUAAUGACCUCACUAAGAAGCUCAAUACCCCAUGCCCUAUACUCAUGUACAACACUGUCAUCAGCAUGAUGUGGGUUUCUGACCUUACAAUUCUCCAAUACUCAAGGAACAAUGUUCAGUGCACAGCAUGGGCUGAUAAACUUGUCCGUUCCAUGACAGUCAAGUGGCUUCUUGUUCAGUGUGCAAAGGAGAAGAUGUGUCAAUUGGAUGUCAAGGUGCGGAGGUUAUGGACUGCAGUGCACAAUGAGCCUCAUGCAUUGCAAGAAACCAUCAGCAGAGAAGCAUCUGCGUGGUGUUCACUGCUCACUGUGGAAAUGUGUUGUCACUUGGAGAAGCGAGAAGCUGUGGAUCUGCUUCUACAUGGCUGCAUUCAGCAGAUCUUUGCCCUUCCUGGCUUC